AUGACCCCAGAGUCCACCGAGGUUUUGGAGCAACCAAUAAGAAGGGCAGCAUCUCCAGCAAGGGAGAAAACAACUCUCCCAAAGACAAAGGAGGAAAAUGGUGACCCUCCUACAGGCAAGGGAGGAAAACGUGAUGGCUCCAAGCAAGAGAGCAGCGACACCGAGAACGGGGAUGACGAGGACACCUACUAUGGUGCAAGAAUCCCUAGAAGAGGGAUUCAUCAAAAGAAGAAGCCAAGCAAGCCAAAUAGGAGCAUAAAGAGUGUUCUGAUCCAGCUGUAUGCACGCCCGGGCCACUCCGUGCUUGAUCUUGCUUGCGGGAAGGGAGGUGAUUUGAUAAAGUGGGAUAAAGCCAAGGUUGGCUACUACGUGGGAGUUGCUAUUGCUGAAGGCUCGAUAAAAGAUUGCAUGACCCGCUACAAUGGUGACACAGAUCAACAACGAAGGAAGAAGUUUAGUUUCCCUGCACGACUCCUUUGCACUGAUUGUUACGAGUUUGGUUUACAUUAUUCGUGGUCAACUGAAGCACGUGCUAGACAAGCCUUGGCAAAUGUGUCUGCAUUGCUUUGUCCUGGAGGCAUUUUUAUCGGGACGAUGCCUGAUAAGAAUGUCAUUAUCAAAAAGCUUCGAGAAUCGGAAGGUUUGGAAUUUGGGAACAGUAUUUACUGGAUUAGCUUUGGUGAAGAGUAUGCUGAAAAGAAAUUCCCUGCAUCCAGACCUUUUGGUAUCAAGUACAAGUUUCACUUAGAGGAUGCUGUUGACUGCCCAGAAUGGGUCGUUCCAUUCCAUCUCUUCAAGUUACUCGCAGAGGAGUAUGAUCUUGAGCUGGUUUUGAUGAAGAACUUCCACGAAUUUGUGCAUGAGUAUUUGCAAAAGGCAGAGUUUACUGAACUGAUAUGGAGGCUGGGUGCCCUUGGUGAUGGAAGGCAGGUCCAAAGCACACUGUCACAAGACGAGUGGGAGGUUUCCUAUCUGUAUCUUGCAUUUGUCCUUCGGAAGCCAGGGCAACCGUCUACCCAGCGGAGAGCAGACAACGCAAACAGAGGGAAGAUGUUCCUCACCGAGGGUGACAUUGAGGACCUCCGGCUUCUGCCUGUCGGCUUCUGGGAGACCGACACCCUGUUACUGUUCAUCGGAACCGUUUUUCUCUCCCCUUCUUUCCUCUCUCUCGCUUAUCACUGGCAGCACCGAAGCCGGAAGCUCGUCUGUACUCCUGUCGGCUUCUGGGAAGCCGACACCAUGCUACGGCCUCCUUUUGGACGCAACUGUAAUGUGGUUGAUGACGCCAUUAAGAAUCCAAGUGUUCAGGGGAAUUGUCAACUCCGGCUGAGGCAACUGCAGAAACGAAUGGUCACUGGUCAGCUGCAUUCCAAAUGGGCUAAUGGGCCUGUUCUCCCUGUACCUGAAUCACUGGGCCGUGGCCACAUCCUCCAGCAAGAGAGAGGUGAUCAGCUGGUUAGCUGA